AUUAUCUAAAUCUGAUGAUAAAUAUUCUAUACCACCUUUAUUCACUCGCUUGGCGAAAUUCAAAACAGUGAACUACAAAUUGCACAUUCGAAAAAGUCAUUCAAGGUAUCAGGCACAUAGUAAUUAAUAUUUGCGUUAAUUGGCUUCAGUUCCUUUGCAAAAUGAAAGACAUUUACACGGUCUUGCUGGCACUGCCUUUAAUUUUGCACAACUUUGAAAUCACUUGUGCUCCAGUUGAAGACGACAGCCUAAUUCUGGUCCAUGUCAUUUUCAGGCAUGGGAAUCGAACCCCAUCCCUUGAAGAAAUGUACCCCAAAGACCCCUACCGAAACGAAAAGUACUUCCCGUUUGGGUUAGGACAACUCACUAAUGUCGGCAAAAAACGCGAAUUCAUGAUUGGGAAAGCCCUCAGGAACCGAUACAAUAAAUUUUUAGGGCCGUACUACUAUCCCGAAAUUGUCGAAGCGCGAAGUACCGACUACAACAGGACUAAGAUGUCGCUGGAACUCGCCCUUGCAGGGCUGUUUCCGCCAAGAGGCGAAGAAGUUUGGAAUUAUUGGUUAAACUGGCAGCCGGUUCCCUACAAUUACGUCCCUCAAGCCAACGAUAACGUUUUGCUCGGGACAUUGUGCCCAAACUUUGUGAAAAAAACCAAGGAGUACCUACAAUCUGGUCGCGAACAGACCGAACUUUCCAAAUAUCGAGAAGUGUUGGACUACAUUUCGGAAAACGCAGGAAUCAAUGUUACAAGUUUUCUGGACGUGUACAGUUUAUAUUUCGGGCUGACAACCGAAGCAGAGUGGGGUUUCGAAUUACCCGAAUGGACCCAAAAAGUUUACCCUGAACCGAUUACACAACUGGCCAUAAAUGAGUACUACACUCAGACAGCAACCACCGAACUCAUGCAAAUGUCGGCCGGCUAUUUCCUGCAAAAAGUAAUCCAGGAUUCCUAUUCCAAAAUCAACAAUACCAACUCGGACCGGAAAAUCUACAUGUAUGCGGCCCACGAGAACAAUAUUGCGGACCUUUUGAUUUUGCUGGGGGUCUUUGAGCCUCCCCACAUACCGAAUUAUGGGGCCUACGUGCUUUUGGAGCUUCACAGUGUGAAUAACAAGUACGGGAUUAGGAUAUUUUACGAAAAUUACCAAGAGACUAGGCCACAACUCUUGAAGGUUCCAAAUUGCGACAGUUUUUGCAAAAUCGACCAGUUUGCGAGUUUGUACGAAGAAUACAUGCCUGAUCCUGAUUUAUGUUACAGUGUGUAAAAAUAAAUAAAUUUACCAACCUG